AUGGAAAAAUACCUGUCGCUUGGUCCAGUAGUCAUAUUCGGUUCCUUUUUAUUUUACUAUAUUCAGUCACCAAGGUUGGUGAGUACUGUAGAUUUUUAUCCAAACAGUGGAUAUGCUUUACAACCUGGAUGUUCUCUGACCUUGUUACAUCUAGGAAGGUCUCUAGUCUGCAGUAGUCACUCGGCAUAUAAAUAUUGGUCAGAAUCAGUGGAAGACCCUUCAGCCUUUGAAGCAAUUGCUUGUGAUUCUUGGACUCAAUUUGAGGCUGGAGAAUGUACAGGAACAACCGAUUACAUGGGUUACGGGUAUUCUCUUAAUGCAACUGGCAACUUCUACCUCGAAACUAACAGCGAAUCUCCUUACUCUAUGAGAGAAAAGGGAAUCAUCUACGAUGGUAGUAAGCUGAACAUUUUAUCUGCAGAGGUACUUGAGUGGUUAGGAAGUUUGAUCUAACUGUCUUUUCUUAAACUUAUGGUCAAUUACGAAGAUUGGUCCAGCAUUACAUCUAGCAAUGUGUAUAUGCACAUAUAUACAUACUGUAAUGAAAUAUUUUAUCUAGAUAUAGCAUAUCUAUGUGCUAUGUAGUUCAAUAAUUGUUAAUCCUUCUAAACAGAAUAACGAGUAUUUUCCAUUUCAUUCGUGUGUAAUACGCUUAAUUAGAUUAAUCAUGCAAAAUGCUUCCUAUUUGCACACUAAAGUUGAAGCAAUUUUACAGGUCUAUGUUUUCUCAAGAACUGCGUUAAUCUAUAAUGUAGCAAAAAAGUAUUUGAGUCAUUUAUCACUCCUAGCUGUUAUAGCUUUCUGGUAUACUAUUCCCUUGAAAAAAUGAAAAUUGUAUCGCUUCAUACAUAUAAUUAUUGUCAAAUUAUCUACUCUGCAUCAAAACCUCGUUCACGUGACGAAGGUAUCUUAAUAUCAUGAUAAUGACGAUCUAUGUUAAGAAUCUUGUGAAUGGAACCUUUAAUGAGGUGCCUUUGUCAAUUUCAACGUUAACGUUUAUAUCUUCAAACAUCGAAGUUCACUUA